UAGCCCCUCAGCUAUUGAUGCCGCAGCCCGAUGCGCUUUCCGCUGCCCCCCAUAAGCACAGUCACGCAUAUCAGCCCCUAAAGCCUGCAGGAAGCAAGUAUUGAUAACAUGCACCCCCGACAACAAUCACUUGAGCAGGGCCGCACUUGGCAGCCAUCUCCAUGGCAACUGCCGCAUUGACAUAACUUGUCAAAGUGAGUUUACACGCAUUUUGCACUAAGGGAGAGGAAAACCAUGUCGGUGUUCGACAAAAUGGAUUUUCCCAAAAAGCCCAACUACGAAUACACGGCGGAAUAUUUCGCGUCAAAAGCCACUGAUCAUAACCGGGAUCUGGCGCAUUGCAACAAUGGCGACAACAUUGAGCGAAACGUGGAAAUCACCAACUACCUGACGACGCGCAAGCUGGUGAAGACCACCAAAAGGCUGGAGAACAAGAGGAGGGACUACGAUGACAAGCGCAAGAAGGUGCAGGAGCAGUGGGAGGACCUCAAAACCAAAGAGUCGGCUUUGCGGGAGAACUUCAUCAGAUUCAACCAGUUCGUCAAAGAAAACCAGGAGAAAAAGGAGCGCGCUUCCCUGAAAAUCACCGAACAGAACCAGCUGAAGGAGGAGCGCCAGAGGAGAAUGGAGGAGCUGCAGCAGAAGUGCGAAGAGAUCGAGAGCACCAAGGCGAAAAUGGAUAUCAACAUCGGCCAGUACCGCAUUUACGAGCUGUUCCUCUCGCAAGUGGUUGAGAACGAGGCGUCCAUGCAGUCCAUCAACGACCUACUCAAACGAUACGAGGCCUUGAUUGGGGCCCGCAAAGAGCUGAACGACAUCCAGCAGCGCGACAUGAUGAAGCUGGAGAAGGCAAAGAGCAACUUGCGGCAUUUGGCUGACAACAGCCUGAACCAAAUCGCCGCCUUUAACAACCGGCUUGAAAGGCUGCAGGAACGGUACGAAAAGGCCCGAAAUGAGAGCGCAAAAUGGGAGAGAAUCCAUCAGCGCAUUCAAGCGCACACCGUUCAGACUGUGAUCGAUACAGUGUCCAUCAAGGAGUCGGCGCUCAGAAUGUACCUGGAAAUUUGCACCAGGAAGAAAAUCAAGCCAGUUCACGUGGAUUGCGUUGAAAAACAGCUGCUCGUGGUGAAGAAAGCCAUAGGAGAGUAUGAGAUCAUUAAUCGGCGGGUUCGGGAAAUGGCAGAUAAAGCGGUUAAACAAUCAGUGGAGGCCAAAGCCUCCAGCAGCUCCCAAGCAGCCUUGUUUUGGCACCAGUUGACGCUCUUAUUGUCACAAAAAGUGCCAAACUUUUUUGUAGCAAAUCUCCUAUGUUUCGCUGAUCACGCCAACCGGGCAGGGUGGUUAAAUUGGGUUUUUUGUGUUAAGAGGCAGGGACAAGUAAUGGAAGAACUACCUAGAGGAGCCUCUUUUUCGGAACUUCUCAACAUCUACCUAAACCGCAAAGAAAAUGCGGGUCAUCGCACGUUUCAACCGAUCGAGAAAUACGACAUGAAACUGCCAUCCAGGCACCCCUAUGUGAAUUUGGGGCUCAGCGGCGAGUCGAAAAAGUUCAUCCAAAUGGGACACACCUCCAAGCUCUCCAAUGAGGCAGGGCCUUAUAGAAACCUGGCGGGGCUGCAGCUGCAGCUGCUGCGCAAUGAAAAGAGGCUGCUCUCGGCCAGGAGGAGGAUGAAACUAACGAAGGUCCAAGUGAAUCUGGCGUGGCGCAAUCUGGAACGCCAGGAGAAGGAACUACGCGACUCCUUUCUCUCGUUCAACCAGUUUUGCCAUGAGAACAACGAGAAGCGCAUCAGGGCGCUGAAGAAGCUGCAGGAGGACACCCAGUUGACCCAACGCAGACAGACGCUCAUUGAAGAGCUGCAGCUAGAGUUGAGCGAAAUGAAGCACAUCGCUGAGUCAAUGGAGGCGAACGUAAAAAACCAUGCAAUUUACCAGGCUUUUUUAGAUAGCGUCGUAGAAGCCAACCAGGAAUUCAGCAACAUCAACGAUAUAAUUGUUCGGUUUUUGACUCUAAUGGAGGAGAAAGAGCUCUUAGCUGGCAAGCAGAAGGAGAACAUGCUGGUGCUGGAGAAUGCCAAGACCUCCAUGAUGAAGCUGAUCGAGGAGAAAAACUUCGUUAUAAUGGGGCUGAACAAUCAGAUCGCCAAUCUUCAGGCCAGGUUCGAGAACGCCAACAUCAAGGCCUUGGAAUCCGAAGAACUGGUCACCCAGAUCAAGAACCACGCAGUGAAACAGUUGGGGGAAAUCGACUCGGUGAAGAGCUCAAUUUGGAACGUCUACGUGCACAUGGCCACCUCCAAGAAGCACCCGAUCAAGAUCAAGAAAGAGGACGUGGAGGAGCAGAUGAUGUACAUCAACAGGACGCUGACGGAGCUGAGCAAAGUGAACAAGCUGAUUAAGAAAAAAGCCACCAAAGGCAAGCAGUAGUGGCUGGAGGCUGUUUAGACGUGUAUGCUUAAAUGGAAAUAUACUCAAAUAUCCCGAGGA